GGUGAAAAGCCGUUUUCAUGUGUGAAUUGUGGGAAAAGUUUUAAUCGAAAACGGAGUUUAACUCAGCACAUGAUGAUUCAUACUGGUGAAAAGCCGUUUACAUGUGUGAACUGUGGGAAAGGUUUUAAUCGAAAACGGAGUUUAACUCAGCACAUGAUGAUUCAUACUGGUGAAAAGCCGUUUUCAUGUGUGACCUGUGGAAAAAGUUGUGGUUAUAAACCGGCUUUAACUCAGCACAUGAGGAUUCACACUGGUCAAAAGCCGUUUUCAUGUGUGAACUGUGGAAAAAGUUUUAGUCAAAAACCGCAUUUAACUCAGCACAUGAGGAUUCAUACUGGUCAAAAGCCGUUUUCAUGUGUGAACUGUGGGAUGAGUUUUAAUCGAAAACAGAGUGUAACUCAGCACAUGAGGAUUCAUACUGGUGAAAAGCCGUUUACAUGUGUGAACUGUGGGAUGAGUUUUAAUCGAAAACAGAGUUUAACUCAGCACAUGAGGAUUCACACUGGUGAAAAGCCGUUUUCAUGUGUGACCUGUGGAAAAAGUUUUGGUUAUAAACCGGCUUUAACUCAGCACAUGAUGAUUCACACUGGUCAAAAGCCGUUUUCAUGUGUGAACUGUGGAAAAAUUGAAAAGCUGUAG